UAUUUUUUGAAGGUCUAACUUAACUUACAAUAAAAGUAGCACAGAAAGCUCUAAAUCGCAAUUUUAUUCUUUUGAUGUCAAAGAAGCAUAAGCAUAUACAUUAUGAUUAUGAUUAUGAUUUGUCUACAACAACUCGUACUUGUACUCAUGAUCUAAUUAUAAAGCAUAAUGCAUUAAGUAUUAUUAUAAAAUGCAACUCAAAUUUUUAUUUGAGCUUUUCCAAAAUUGAUCAAAAAACAUAUCAACUCUUGACAAUCAUUUACAACACUAUUCAAAUUAAGUGAAAAAAUGGAUAAAUUUGAAAAUGAUCUGAUUACUUAUACCUUUUUUCUAUGCUAACAA